GUAUGGGUUUCGAGGGGUCGGUGAUUAGCCAAGAGCUACAACAAUUCCGCAGGCACUGGUAUUAGUUGUAGACGAGUUAGGCGAUCAAGGCAAAGGAAGAUGCUAAGGAAGUCUUAGAUGCAAAUGUUGCUGUUGAUUCCGAUUCCAGAGAUUCGACUGUCGUGUCCUUGGCCAGACUUUAUAUAUCUUCAACAAAAGAUCCAUGGCUCGCGCAAUCCUCGGUAUCGGGCCAAUCCAAGCACAUCAUCGACCAAACGACCCAGAAACGUCUCCAUACCUCCCCUGAUACGUUUAUUCCCGCUCGCGCCAUCUCUCGGCAUCCAGCAAUCGCAAAUUCAUGCUGUGCCAUUAGCUCCUGGGUGGGCAUUAGUCAUCGCUGCUAUUCUAUGGUGUUGCCCAGCUAUCGCGGCCCGGUUUUCUCGUCCCUCCUACUAGUCUAUCAUGUAUGAAAUUUCCUAGCACAGCCUGUAAAACGAAAAUUCAAGAGGGGUU